AUUUUACAAAAUGGCACGAGUACGUCGAGUUGCAAUGGCAAGGCUGCCAUGGAAAAUACAAAACAGAGGCACGAGAGUGAUUUGUACGUGAGGCCAAGUUGGACGGAUGCUGCCAUCGCUUUGGACCAGCUUGAAAAGAUUCUCAAGCAUUGCCAUCUCCACUGGUACGUCAAUACUUCCUGAUUCUCAAGAAAAGUCUUAAAAUAUUCAUCCUCCUCGUACCUUGGAUCUAGAAGAGUGGAAUAGUCUUUCUUUUUCGCGAGACCCAAAAGAAUGCUUCAUCUUCUAGAAGGCAUGCCUCUUUGGAAGGUGUUCCGUGCUCCAUAGUUGCCUCUCCUACAACGACCCUGGUAGACUUUCACAGACGCGGGUGGUCCAAAUCGUGUUUUCAAACGCAACCCAGUACAUCAACAGUCGGACUAUCGACCGGAUCGAAACAAGAAACAACUUCCUGCUCGGUAGCCAGACUAUUUUUCUUAAGACUAAAGUAACACUCGCCCAAUGCGCAAGCAUAGUACCUUCAAGGUCUUAUAGUAAAUGUGCGUAGCACGUGAUGACGAUUAUUGUUGAUAUCACCUUUCGAAGACCCCAAGUCUUCAGCGACCUCCGCAAGAGGAGAGGAAUGUUCUCGGAACGGGAAAUAGGUGGCUCCGUUCCAUAUUACCGCGAGAAGAAAACCAGUUCCACCUUGAGCCAUACAGUUUCCGUGGUCUCCAGCUGACUUUCGAAAACCAUCCGAAACUAAUUCUACACUGAAUUCGGACUGGUUCCAGGGCAAGGCGGAGGGUCAAAGAUCAGCGGUAUGGAUCAGGGCGCGACUGCAGGAUCAGUUGAGUCAGCUGGGAUACUUUUUGCAAAGGCACGCAGGGAAGGUCUUGUUCGUCGCGAUCUUGGCACUAGCCACUUUCUGCGUGGCGCUUAAGUCGGCCCAGGUCCACAGCAAGGUCGAGCAACUAUGGGUCCAGGAAGGUGGACGUCUGCAGAGGGAGAUGAAGUACGCCUCGGAAGCACUGGGCGAGGCGACCGCCUCCACGCACCAGCUCGUCAUCCAAACGCCAAGACACUCCGGAGCGAAUAUCCUUCAUCCCGCCGCGCUAAAGGAACACUUAGCGAUUCUUAAGGCGGCUACGCAAGUCACCGUUCACCUGUUUGAAAUCUCGUGGAAGCUGAAGGACAUGUGUUACGCACCGAGUAUACCGAACUUCGACAUGCACUACAUCGACCAGAUUUUUGAAAAUAUCAUACCCUGCGCCAUUAUUACACCUUUGGACUGUUUUUGGGAAGGGAGUAAACUACUGGGACCUGUUUACCCAGUUCAUGUACCGGAUGGAGAGAUAAGUAGGACCGUACAAUGGACCAGUUUAAAUCCAACGGAGAUGCUGGAGAGGAUUAAGACACUGCAAACUGGCUUUCCCUUCAAGACCUUGGAGGAUUAUAUGAAGAGAUCAGGGAUAACAAAUGGCUACCAAAGUAAACCGUGUCUCGAUCCGAGCGAUCCGGAGUGUCCGAAAACAGCGCCGAACAAGAAUACACAACAGGAGCCGGAUAUAGGAGCAGAGCUGACAGGAGGCUGUUAUGGUUUCGCAGCCAAGUACAUGCACUGGCCAGAAGAGCUCGUGGUCGGCGGAGCCAAGCAUAACAAAACCGGCCACCUGACAAGAGCAGCGGCAUUGCAGACCGUCGUGCAGCUGAUGGGAGAACGAGAGCUCUAUGAUCUUUGGGCGAACACCUACAAGGUCCAUCAUAUCGAUUGGUCCCAGGAGAAGGCGUCGAUUGUCCUGGAGACCUGGCAGCGGGCUUUCAGUAACCAAGUCAGAAAACAGCUAAGCGCCAAUGGGAACGAUUCUGCCCCGUACAACUUGUACGCCUUUAGUACGACCACCAUGAACGAUAUUCUUGGAAAGUACAGCGAGGUCUCGGUUAUUAAGAUUGCCAUUGGAUGCGUUCUUAUGCUCUUGUAUGCUGGAGUGGCACUGCUUCGAUGGAAGGAUCCGGUACGAUCGCAAUCUGGCGUGGGAAUAGCUGGUGUUAUGUUGGUCUGCGCCACCGUAGCUGCUGGUCUUGGAUUCUGCGCUCUUUUAGGGAUACCCUUCAACGCUGCUACCACUCAAAUCGUACCAUUCCUCGCGCUGGGGCUUGGAGUCCAUGAUAUGUUCCUUCUGACGCAUACUUAUGCAGAGCUAUCUGUAAACGAAGUGCCAAGUGGUGAACAGACUGGUGUUGUCCUUAAGCGAACAGGCUUGUCGGUUUUACUUACUGGACUGAGCAACGUGUCUGCCUUCUUUGCCGCGGCCAUUAUUCCAAUUCCGGCCCUGAGAGUCUUCUCACUUCAGGCGGGAAUACUCAUCCUAUUUAAUUUGGCAGCCAUGCUGCUCGUCUUUCCUGCCAUGGUCAGCUUGGAUCUGAGAAGACGGAGGUCAGGUCGCUCGGAUAUACUCUGCUGUUGUCUACCAGCUCUGACCGAUGGGCAGAAUAAUUCUAGAAACAAAAGCAAUGGUACUGCCAAGCAAACUGUCACGAGAGCUAUACCACCUGAGAGGAUAGAGACCUGCACGCAAAUUCUCACACCGCGGAAUCAUCAGAACGAAUCCUGGGUCGGUGGGGACAUUGUGGAUACGGAUGUAGAGAAACAGUCGACGGAAGAGGAUACAUUGACAGGAUGUUCUCAAGAUGAGUGCCUUAGUUUUUCUCUGACGCAGCUAGCAGCUAAGCACUACGCUCCUUUCAUUACGAGACCGGCCACUAAGGUCUUUGGUAUGAUGCUGCUGGCGGCUGUUCUAGCCGGAAGUGUCUGGCAGGCCAUAAGAGUAAAUGAUGGAUUGGAAUUAACGGAUUUGGUUCCACAAAAUUCGGAUGAGCACGCAUUCCUUGCCGCUCAAGCGAAGCAUUUUGGAUUUUACAAUAUGUACGCUGUCACUGGCAGAGAUUUUGAGUAUCCAAAUAAUCAAAAAUUGCUGAACGAUUAUCACGAUGCUUUCAUGAGAGUGAAGAACGUGAUAAAGAACGACGAUGGUGGUUUACCGGAAUUUUGGUUGAGUCUCUUCCGGGAUUGGCUGAAGGGACUGCAAACUGCAUUCGACAGAGAUUAUAAGAACGGCUGUAUCACGCAGGAGAGGUGGUACAAGAAUGCCAGCGAUGAUGCCAUUCUUGCCUACAAGCUCUUAGUACAGACCGGUCACGUGGACAAUCCUAUAGACAAGACUCUGAUCACGCAAGUGAGGCUGGUCGACUCCGAGGGAAUAAUCAAUCCCAGAGCAUUUUACAAUUACUUGAGCGCCUGGGCGUCCAACGAUGCCUUAGCUUAUGGCGCCUCCCAAGCUAAUUUGCGACCAGAACCAAGGCAGUGGUUCUAUACGAAUGAUCACGAACUCAAAAUCCCAAAGAGUAUGCCAUUAACGUACGCCCAGAUGCCAUUCUAUUUGCACAAGCUAACCGACACAAACGAGAUCACAGAACUGAUCGGCAGCGUUCGCACGGUCUGCAGACGCUUUGAGGAACGUGGCUUGCCUAAUUUCCCAUCGGGGAUACCAUUCCUAUUUUGGGAGCAGUACAUGGACUUGAGGAGUUACUUGGGAGUCGCGCUGCUUGCAGCACUCGGUGCCAGCAUCGUCGUCGUUGGAAUUUUACUCUUGAAUUUAUGGGCCGCUUUGUUGGUCGGUACAUCAUUGGCUGGAGUUGUCUUACAACUCCUUGGAAUUAUGGGACUUACAGGGAUACGAUUAAGUGCUGUGCCAGCUGUUCUACUCGUUGUCAGCGUUGGAAUUGCGGUUCACUUCACUGUUCACAUUUGUUUGAGUUUUGUAACGAGCAUCGGAAGCAGAGACCGAAGAAUACGUUUGGCCUUGGAACAUAUGUACGCUCCAGUGAUACACGGUGCCCUCACAACAUUUUUGGCAGUGGUCAUGCUGGCCUUUUCCGAAUUUGAAUUCAUCGUUCGUUACUUCUUCCUCGUAUUACUCUGUUUAAUUGGUAUUGGACUCGUGAACGGCCUCUUCUUCUUUCCAAUUUUACUCUCUUUGAUCGGCCCUUCGGCCGAAGUGAUACCUAACGAUCAUCCAGAUCGAAUAUCAACACCGACUCCUCCCGCCUCACCAAUCGUAAGAAGAUCAAAGCCACCAGCACCGCCGCGACGCUCUCACAAGAUCGACAAUGCCAGACUACACGCAGAACCAUCAUUAACAACAAUAACAGAAGAACCAAACUCGUGGCACAGCACGCAAGAAUCCUGUAUUAUCGUUCAACCUGAACUCAAGGUGGAAACUACGUCAACCUGUGGCAAUCAGAACUGUAGCGGAUCAGACACCAGCGGGUCUAGUCGAACAUCACCAGUACCAUCGACAUCUCAUAUUACGACUAAAGUCACUGCCACAGCUAACAUAAAGGUCGAAGUUCACACACCGUUAACAAUAGGUGGAGUGGAUCGUGGGGAGAAAUGCCGGCACGCGGGUUCCAGUAGCCGAAGGAGCUCGCGCUGCAGUACGAACGUUAAUACGGGGGAGUCUUCCGGUUCCAGUUCUGAACCGGAUUCUGACACGAACUCAAAUAAACACUAAUGACAAGUACCGGGAUGACCGGCAGCUGCUGCUCAAGUACCACGCAAAGCGGGAACCUCCAGAAGGCUGACUAGGCUAGUUUCAUAUCUUCAUUAAGUAACUCAACGUCUUUCGCUUGUUUUACUUGAAUUAUAAAACGAAAGUAUUAUAACACAGAUAAAUGUUAACGGAAACAAGACACUGUCGGAACAAGUCGGAAAACAAGACAGCUUCAGAACCGAUUAUAGUUACGCAAUGCGAGAUAUCUUGUUUUAAAUUAUCGUCGAAAAUGGGUAUACGCGUGUGUCGUAUUUUCAGUGCAUUGCAAUGCAGAUUAGUAAUAGAUUAAUGAUAAUUAAAUAUCUAUUUUAACCUCGCGAAUGCACUUUUAUAACUCUAACCGAUUGAGUAUAAUAUUCGUACUAUCUGAGUUGCACGAUUGCACUGAAUACGCGACAAGACACAUAUAGUGGUAAUGAGUAAACUAAUCUAAUUAAGCAUGCUUAAGAGAACUUCAAAGAGAAAGCCAUCUAUUGUUUUAUGUAACAUCUGCUGUUUGUAAAAGCUUUGAACGAUUUUUGUCAGGUGCAAAGGUCUAAUUUACUCUGAAUAUAUUUUCCUUAGAUAGACAAUUAAAACUACCUGCAUAAUUGUGCUGCUGUACAGAGGUAAUUGAUAAUAUUGAUUGAUAUUAUGUGAUCACAUUGUCUUUGAAGGUCUUUUAAGAUUUGUAUAUAGACUCGAUAACUUUGGAGAGGUGCAAAACUAGUUCAAUUCGUUACCAAUGGCAGUAUCGGCUUUGUACCUAAUCGAAGACUUUUGAAUGAAGUUUAACAGAUAUAGGAAAUAUACGGGAAAUUCAUGUUUUCCGGAUUGAAAAUUUGAAUGUUCUAGACGAUCGAAGGACGUGCGAGUAGUCUAUUGACUGAAAAAGAAAGAGGUACUGAGACUCAUAAUCUAUAAAAUAUUUAAAGAAAAGUUUAAAUAUCAUGGAUUGUUAAUUAAUUUUUUAAAGUCUGCUAUCUCAAGGUAAUAAAAGAAUAUAGUGUAAUGAAAAACAUUGAUUAAAUGCUAAAAAUCCAUAUUUAUCAUAAAUGAUCCACUUAGCAGCAGAGUCUUGAGUUACAAAUAUGCAUUAAAAUUGAGAGGCUGACAAGAUUGUUGUUACUUAAUACCAUUUCUUUGUAUACGUUCUCGGAUCAUUUAAAAAAUAUUUUUAAUAUUAAUUGCAAUUACUUUACAACUCUAUCUGAUUUCUCGAGCAGAAGAAAAGAAAACAUAACCAUCGUGUUCAAUCUUGACAAGGAUUCUUAAAAUUCAAGCUCUCCUAUUUAUUUCUAUAGAUAAUGAUGACGAUGACGAUGAUGACAUUCAUAAGCAGUGUGCAUGUGGUUCGAGUGAAAUGAAUCUGAAUUCUAUUUAUUAUUUAUUUUACUAGCCUCAUUUCGAUAUCCAAAAUAUUUAAAAAUAAAUACUUUGUACAAUGUCUGUUUGAAAUGCGGUGACUUGUAAAAAUACUCAAAUAUUUAUGUCACUAUAUAUUAUUUUUAUAUAAAGUUGCUACUUAAUUUAAUGAGAUAAUUAUCUUUAACUGAAGCAUACCUCUAAUCGUGUAUAAAGCUGUAAUAUAUUUUAUAAGUUAAUAAUCCUAGGACUCGACUCCCAACUUAACUUUUCGAUACCAAGUUCAUCGAAUUAUGUACAAUAUAAGAAAAGUAUUUUUUAUGUAAAGUCAUUUUGUAUACAAUCCUACGAAUAAGUAAGAUAUUUCAAGGAAAAGCUGACGUGCGGUGACUUUAAAAUUCUCGAGAAUUGUUUAAAUGAGCAGAUUUAGAGCUGAGAUGGAAAUAGUCAAUAUACCUCCACUAAGCGCGUUUGAGCUGCACCAUGACUUAAUACAUUAAUUAUUACAUUAUGAAAGCUAAUUAUUUUAUGUAUUAAAUAUAUGGACAAUUACUUGUAUAAUGUAUAUCGCCUUUUUUGUACAUAAAUAUAAUAAUAUUGUAUUAAAAUAAAACUCAGUUUGUUCUUCCUCUUCCUGUCUCCAUUCAGAAAAACAAUUACAUCAGGACAUGUCAAAGUUUAAAUAAUUCCUACUGAAACAUAAACAGACAGAAUUUAGAUUUUAAAUUUCGGUACUAUCAGAGUUGGUCGAGAUUAGUAGAGAUACCCAAGUACCUAAAUCUUUAAAAGUAUAUACAUAUACAUAGCAAAGAAACAUGAGCGUCAAAAUAAAGUUUGUUUGAGAUAUA